AUGAAAAGCGGAAAACAAACCUUGUUUGAGGCGAAAGUUGAUCAAAAUCGUGCCGAAUUUGUAAGAGAUAUUGAAAGUCGAAGUGGUGCACAUAAUACAACAAAUUUGACUCGACAAAUUUUUUGUAAGGAAUUAGCCACACGUCGUUCAGUUGGUCUAAAUGGAUAUUACAUUCCAUCACAACAAGCUGCUAUUUGCAAUAUGUUUCGUCCUGUCCGCAAAAUUGCUAAAUACACAUUUCAUUCAGAUGAAUCUAUUCGACUUUUUAAACGCCCUUUGAAUUGGACGAAAAUGUCUCAUCCAUUGAUACGUUCCUAUCGCGUACCAGAAGUAGGAUGGAGCAUUCUUGAUUUGGCUGUCAGUCCGAAUCAGAUGUACAUGACUUAUAGCACGUGGAGCGAACGCAUUUUCACGAGAAAAAUUGAUAGUGAUGAAGAAAAUGCUCUUCAUUGGAAUGGUGCUAUAUUUUCGAUUUGUUACAACUCAGAGGGGACGCAAAUCUACUGUGCACGCAAUGGUGGUAUUUUAUCCAUAUAUGAUCUAGAAAAACAACAACUUUCCAAUGAAGUUAUUGUUGGACAAUUGCAGCAAUCGAUGCAUAGAGACGAUAUCAAUGCAGUUUGUUUUAUAAAUAAGGAUUUGUUUGCUACUGGUGGAGACGAUUUGCUUUGUAAAGUAUGGGAUCGUCGUCAGUCUGUGUCAGAAAAUUCUGUUGGUUUCUUUGGUGGUCAUCGAGAUGGCAUCGUAUCUAUUGAUACAAAAGGUGAUGACCGCUAUAUAUUAACUAGUUCAAAGGAUCAAUCAAUCAAAAUAUGGGAUUUGCGAAUGUUUUCACCAAAUUCAGCAUGUGCAAAAGCCUUACGGUCAGCAGUUACAAAUAAUUUCGAUUAUCGAUAUGAUCUCGUGCCAAAUUAUAAAAAGGAAAGACAAAAAGACGAUACUUGGUUGGUGGAAAUGCGUGGGCAUCUGCUGCUCCACACAUUAAUUAGAGCUCGUUUUUCACCAGAUUACACUGGCAAUAGAUACGUUUAUACAGGAUGUGCCAAAGGGCGAUGUUUAGUCUAUGAUUUAUUAACUGGACAGAUUGUGCGAGAAUAUGAUGGGCAUAAAUCUGUCGUGCGAGAUUCACUUUGGAAUCCUUAUGAAAAUGAAUUAAUUACAACUUCGGUCGUGGGAUGGAAAUAUUAUAACAUGGAGCCACCAUGA